GCAAAGAGACGCGUCGACGAGUUUUUGGUGAAACCCAAAUACUGGCCGGGGAACUUUAAAAGCAACAAACAAUACCCGUUUCUGCAAGAGAAACUCGAAGAAUUAAAAUAAAAAAUUCUACCCUCAACUUCACCUUGUUACUCAUUCCGAAUAAAAUGGCCCCCAGUGAGUCGGCAAUUCUGAACAAUUUCCUCCUAGUCCCAUCUCAGCUUCCCGCCAUCAUCUCACUGCAGGAAUUCACUGCCUUAUUCCCUCGUCCGCAGCAAUCGUCUCCACAUGUCCGAGCCCUCUACCGGGACCUGCAAGGCCAAAGAAACGCUGUCGUAGAUCUGGUCGCGUCCAACAUCGAGGCUGAGGUCAAGCGAGCCAAGGGUCUGCGGCGAGCAGUUGUGAGGGCAAGAAGGGAAGCCGAGAGUCAGGAUUAUGACGACGAGAUUGAGAUCGAGCGAACGCUCUUUGGUAAUGCUUCCGGAUCUAGCGGGCCCAAGCAUGAUCUCAACUCGGUCUUACCAGAGCUGGAAACGGCUGUCAAUGAACUCGAGAGUGAGAUCAAGCAUCUAGAGGAGGAAGAAACUAGGUUGCGUCACUCGGUGAGCCAGAGUAUUGGCACCUUCAGCGACCUUCGGUACGGCCGCCUUGCCAAUAGCCAGCUCCCCGAACAGGUGCUUGAGAGCUUGCAAGAUUUGCAAGAGGCUUGCAAACAAACGACAACGACUUGAUAUAGAGCUGCGGAGUGCGGAGGAACCCAAAUUUACAUUGGGAGAUUACCAUUUGACACUGCCUAGUAUCUACCU